UGACACCAUUUGGCACAGCCACGCAAAGUUCUAGCUACGGUGGAUAUGGUAAAGCAGAAAAUGCUAUAAAAACACCUAUAUCAAAUAAAUUUUCUGUAUAUAUUUGUACCCAUACACAUGUAGACAGUUCUUCUACAACACCAGCAGAUUGGUGGAUGUUUCACUUUUCUUUCGGAUCUGCAUAUAUCACAGAUAUAACUAUUUACUACAGAGAAAACUUUGCUCGUCGUAUGGAUGGAUUUAAACUAUGUGUUACCAAUACAUCAACUACUCCUCCUGACAGUGAUGCCUGUUAUGAGGAUGGUCCUGGUCUUCCAAACAUCACUCAGACAAUAUCUUUCAAUCAACUUGGGAAAUAUGUAAUUUAUUACGAUGAUAAAGGAUCGCAGGAAAGUAAAACUCGCUACGAUUCACCUGUUAUUGAGUUAUGUUACGUUGCCAUUAAUGGGUGUAAAAAGAGUUUUUGGGGAAGUAAUUGUGAAACAUCAUGUUCUGAAAAUUGCAUCAAAGAUAAUUGCUUCCCUGGAAAUGGUUCUUGUGUAUGGGGAUGUAAUCCUAUGAAAUGUUUAAAUGAUGUUUGUAAUAGAGACACUGCAGUUUGUACCGACGGUUGUAAGGGGAAUUGGACCGGCAACCAUUGCAACAAGUACAAUUUGGCAUCAGACAGUUUUGUUUCACAGAAUCCAAGUGGUAGUGAAGCUGUUAGUUUAACUAUUGACGGAAAUAAAACUUCCUGUUCCAGAACACAAGGACAAACAGUUUCAUUUUAUGUUGAUCUCAAAGCAGAGGCCCUUGUAACAGGAUUAUUUAUUACACUUGGUGAACAUACUACAAAAGACGGAUAUCAUACUAUUUAUGCUUCGAAUAUAAGCUUUUCCUCGAAUACUGGAAACGUUCUGUAUAACAAAACAGUUGGGCCUACAGAAGUCAACUUGUUUGCCGUUUUCAGAUACCUGACUUAUGUUCUUCCAGCUAAACAAUCAUUUGUUAUGCUGGAAUUAUGUGAAAUUGGGGUUGUUGGCUGUCCACCUACACACUAUGGUCCACUUUGUACUAUAUAUUGUCCACUUAACUGCCAAGGACCUUGUGACCAUGAAUCCGGGAAUUGUAUAUUUGGAUGUUCAAACGGAUGGACAGGUGAUAGGUGUGAACAAGCAUGUGAAAGCGGUAAAUACGGCAAAGACUGUCUCCAUAAAUGUUCAGCAAAUUGUUUAAAUUCACAGUGCCAUCAUGUGGCUGGAGAAUGCGUCGAUGGAUGCAACGACGGUUGGAAGGGAUCAUACUGUGAUCAAAAAUGUUCUACUGGUCAAUUUGGGACAAAGUGUGCGCACUUUUGCGACGGAUGUAUAUCUAAUAUGUGUGAUCAUAUUGUUGGUUUGUGUGAUAACACUACUGUUUGUAACCCUGGUUAUGUUUACGAAGAUUAUUGCAAUAAAGAAUGUUCUAAUGGUCAAUUUGGGGCAAACUGUUCGGAAUUUUGUGAGGGUUGCAUAUUUAAUACGUGUGAUCAAAUUGAUGGUUUAUGUGAUGAAACACACAGCUGUAAACCUGGUUAUGUAUAUGGCGAUUACUGCAAUACAGAAUGUCCUACUGGUCAAUUUGGUACAAACUGUUCAACAUUUUGUGAGGGGUGUAUAUCUAAUAUAUGUGACCAUGUAAAUGGUUUAUGUAACAGCACGGAUGCCUGUAACCCUGGUUACGUAUAUGGAGAUUACUGCAAUGAAGACUGUAAAGAUUGGUACUUUGGUAACAACUGCUCAACGAGAUGUUACUGCCUGGCUAAACCAUGCAACAAAGUAGAUGGAACUUGUCCAACAGGAGGGUGUAAAGAAGGAUGGCAUGGAGAUUCCUGUUCCCAAUGGUGUGACGAAGGUAAAUUUGGACGAAACUGUAAUGAUUCAUGUGUAGGAUGUAUAUCAAAUACCUGUGAAGCCACUGAUGGAUUAUGUUCAAACACCACUGAAUGUAAACUUGGUUAUUACUUUACAGAAUACUGCAACAACACCUGCGAUGAUUGGUAUUUUGGUACAAACUGCACAAGAAAAUGUUAUUGUUUGACUGGACCAUGCAACCGGUUUACAGGAAAGUGUCCAGAAGGGGGCUGUAAAAAGGGAUGGCAAGGUGAAUCAUGUACAGAAGGAUGUAAUGAGGGUCAUUUUGGACGGAACUGUGAUAGUUCAUGUGAUGGCUGUAUAUCAAAUAGUUGUGAAGUCAUUGAAGGAUUAUGUUAUAACACCACUGGAUGUGAACUAGGUUAUCUGGUAGAUGAGUAUUGCAACAGAACCUGUGAAGAUUGGUAUUUUGGUUACAACUGCACAGGGCAGUGUUAUUGUUUAAUUGAACCAUGUAGUCGGUUAAACGGAAUAUGUCCAUCUGGUGGAUGCCAAAAGGGGUGGCAUGGUGAAACAUGCGAAGAAGCGAUAGCUGAAUUACAAAAAGAACAUCUUCCUUACGCUGCCACAAUCGGAGGAGGUGCUACUGCAGUCAUACUUAUACUGCUUAUAGUUGUGGUGUUCAUCAUUUACAGACGCAGGUUAACAUCGACAAAAGAUAGAAAAUUGGACCGGAAAUCAUCAAUAACUGAGACUUCUUUCGAUACAAGCAAGAAAACGAGUAAUAACCAUAACUACGCUAAUAUAGAUAGUAUAGCAAAGACAAAAGAUGAUACUCCUUCCCUGGCAGACAGCGAAGAAACUGAAUCACAAAUAGUCAAAAUCGAUGAUGUGAACGUGUACGGUAAUGUACUUAGCGUUUUGAAAUACAAGAUAAUGAUUGAAGAUCUGAAGGUUGCUAUACAUGAAAAACAAAAAGACGAGGAUUUCAAGAAAGAGUAUGCAAUUUUACAAAAAGGACUUCUUUAUCCACACGUUGAAGGUUCAAAAGAAGAAAAUAAAGUCAAAAACCGUUUUCUGUCUCUAUGGCCAUAUGAUCAUUCAAGAGUUGUUUUGAAGGGGGACACGGCGCAUGAGUAUAUAAAUGCUAGUUAUAUCGAUAACUAUGAAAAAGAAAAGGCAUACAUAGCAGCACAAGGUCCGAAAAACGAGACACUGAGAGAUUUCUGGCAUAUGAUCUGGCAAGAAAAAGUUGGAAAAGUAGUGAUGGUCACACAGUUAAAAGAAAAUCAAAAGACAAAAUGUGCCCAAUACUGGCCUAAAUCAGUUACAAAACCUCUGGCAGUAAACAACUAUAUAGUAACCAUGAAGGAGGAAAGAAAACAUACAGUUUAUGUGUACAGGUUAUUAACAGUGUUGAACAAAAACGACACGAAUGAAAAGGAAAGAAAAAUUCACCAUUUUCAUUUCACACAAUGGCCUGACCAUGGUGUUCCUGACAGCAUUAAAUUAGUCAGUUUUUACAGAAAAGUAAAGAUUGAAAAACGUUACCAAAAUGGUCCAAUGGUUGUGCAUUGUAGCGCUGGUGUUGGAAGAACUGGAACAUUUAUAGCUAUUGAUGCUUUGUAUGAAAAUGGCAAUAACGUUGGUUACAUAAAUGUUAUGGAAUGUAUCGAGAUGAUGAGGAAAGACAGAAUGAAUAUGGUUCAAACAUAUGAACAAUACGAAGCGGUCUUUAAAGCCUUAUUAGAACUGUUUACUGUACCAGAAACGGCUAUUCCGAAGAAUGAUUUCUGUAAAUACAUCUCGGAUCAAGAACAUAAAACUGUACCACGAAAUCAGAAUAUGUAUAAAGUAGAAUUCCAGAGAUUAGAAACCCUACGACCUAUAUAUCCUCAAUCAGCAUAUACUGCUGCAACAUCAAAAGAAAAUAUUCAUAAAAAUGCGGCAAAGAAAAUAUUUCCACAUGACAAGUAUAGACCGUAUUUAAUGUCAUAUGGUAAAACACGUAAUGAUUACAUCAACGCAGUGAUUGUUCCCGGAUACGAAGAGAAUAGUAAGCUUUUAGUUACACAAUGUCCUCUAGAGAAAACUGUUGUUGAUUUCUGGACAAUGGUUUAUGAUCAUCAAUCAAACAUAGUUGUUUUAUUAGACGAGUUAAACAUGAACGCUCCUUUGUGGUUAGGACAACAUGAAGUGCUGGAGUUUGACCAAUUUUCUAUUGUGCAAGAAAACGUAUGCAAUCCAGAUGAGCUGCAGCUUACAUUGAGACAUGAGAAUCAAGGUGAGAGGAAAAUUACUGUUUUUACACCAAACGAAUCAAAUGGAACAAGUGAUAAUAUGCUCCCUUUGAACAUUAUACUAGAUCUUCUGAAAAAUGUUAACGACUGCUGGGAAGAAAUCAAAGGACCAAUUACUGUUGUUUGCAGCGAUGGCUGUAGUAAAAGUGGGAUAUUUGUUGCUCUACGACUGAUCUUAGAAAAACUAGCUAUAGAUGAUGAGAUUGAUUUGUUUCAAGUGGUUAGAACAAUACAAGUUAGACGACCGGAAUUUCUUAUGAAUUUUGAUCAGUAUGAAUAUUGCUACAAGUGUAUCAAGGACCAUUUAGAAAACGAAUCGCUGUAUGCAAAUGUAUAGUGAUGACAGACUCAGUGGUUUAGGCAAUAUAAUCCACGUUGAUACAGAUAUUUUUGCUUUUUGUUCAUAGGAUGUAAGACAUAAAUGGAAAUGCAAAUAGCAAUGAUAGUGAUAUUAUUUUAUUGGACUAAUAAAACUGAUCUUCAUGAAUAGGUCAUACAACAUGCAAAAUAUUUAUCUAUUUGUUUAGAACUAAGUUUUAUAUAAGAACAUAUUAUAAAUAGUAAUAAAUAGUGUUUAUCAACGAAGAUGAAGUUUAGCAGUAUAUCUUAUUA